AUGGAGACCCUCUUCUUCGGCCUUAUGACGGCACUCCUGGCAACUCCAUUGAAAGCCGCUUCUGGUCCCUUCACUGCUACCGCCGCGGGGGCCGCACCCACGUCUCACAAGGAGACAUAUGCGGUGGCGCCCGUCUCACUAUCGCCUCCAAAACUAUGCUCUAUGAACACGGCCGCUGGCGUCUACGCCGCGCCAACGACGUUGACGCCACCUACCGCAAAUGGAAGCCCCGUAACCGGGUCAAAAUAA